UCGAACGAAUAUAGUGAGCGCUGUCAGCGCGCCUCUACCGUUGACACCGCCGCUUAAAAGUUGAUGUCGUCUAACCGUAGACGACGUAAAAAGAACAAGAACAAGGGGCAAACAAGACGCAUAUGACUGCCGUCGAGUGCUUUUUCUGCGGUAACAAAAGUCGAUGUUCUAACGCUAGUUCUUUGUUCACCGAUUGGAAAGGAGUGAAAAAAAGUUUAACAAUUAAAAAAAUCUAAAUUCCUAUUCCACAAAAAAUGAAAACAAAUGAGUCUCUGUGGUAGCAGAAAUGAGUCACAAAAUCGUUCGGUUGAUGCCUUGAAAUCGUAAUCGAAAUUGUCGUAUACUUCUUGUUGGCCAUCCAUCUGUCUGUCGGUCGGUCGGUACAUCAACAAGUGUGAGUGCGCGAGAACGUAUCACGUAUCGUAUCUUCUAAUGUGAAUUUGUGCAUAGAGAAUGAGGAGUGAAGAUGAAUAUGCAAAAGCAAACAAAUGAAAAUAAAAACCAAAACAAAUCAAAUCAAAACAUUUAAAAUUUGCGUUUGUUGUGUUGUUGUCUGUCGUAUGGUUUGUAACGGCCUGUUGCGUUUUUCGCUGAUUGUUUAGCUUUGCUUGCGGUAUUUGAUUUGCGACACGAUUUUGUGGUCACUUCUUUUCUCGGCUCGUGCCUUUAGUUCUAAAAAUCAAACGACAACUGCGGGCAGACAGACUGGGCGUUAUGUUGCCUCGCGACACCAAUUACACGUUUCUGUAGUAUUCGAGGAGUAGAGCUUACCCUUUUUGUGAGUGAGAAAAAUGAAGCAGAAAAUUCAUUGAGUAAAAGAAAUUCUUUGCAUGAAUGAAUGAAUGAAUGCAUGUGAAGAAUGCUUUGUUUGUGGUAUAAUUGUGUACUGUGCUUGUUCGUUUUGAAGUUGGUGGUGUUUAGUUAACAGAUUCUAAAUGGAAAUGAACCUCAACGAUAUGCUGCCAACAAGUGAUCAUGUAUUGCGGACCCAUGUGCUCGAACAGGAGAUGCGCAAUCCAUACAGUAUUUGCAAUGUAGACUGCCUGCUAGACACAGUGACCGCUUUGGUGAAUGACUGCGAUCAUGAGUCAUUGAAGCGUCUGAAAAAUAUAGAGCAAUAUGCAUCAAAAUACAAACCACUUGCACAACAGAUCUGCCAGCUGCGCAUGAAUGUCGAGGAUUUUGAUUUUAUUAAAAUCAUUGGCGCCGGUGCCUUUGGCGAAGUACAAUUGGUACGACACAAAUCCUCCCGUCAGGUGUAUGCCAUGAAACGGCUGUCCAAAUUCGAAAUGAUGAAACGACCCGAUUCGGCGUUUUUCUGGGAGGAACGUCACAUAAUGGCCCAUGCCAAUUCCGAAUGGAUUGUUCAAUUGCAUUUUGCCUUUCAAGAUACCAAGUAUCUGUAUAUGGUCAUGGAUUAUAUGCCUGGAGGUGAUAUUGUCUCAUUGAUGUCCAUGUAUGAGAUACCCGAAAAGUGGGCAAUUUUCUAUACGAUGGAAGUGGUACUGGCCCUAGAUACUAUACACAGAAUGGGUUUUGUGCAUCGUGAUGUUAAGCCCGACAAUAUGCUGCUCGAUCGCCAGGGUCAUUUGAAAUUGGCCGAUUUUGGCACUUGCAUGCGAAUGGGGGCCAAUGGUCUGGUGGUGUCCAGCAAUGCUGUGGGCACCCCCGACUACAUCAGUCCCGAAGUGCUGCAAAGUCAGGGUGUGGACAAUGAAUAUGGACGCGAAUGUGAUUGGUGGUCGGUGGGCAUAUUCCUCUAUGAAAUGCUGGUGGGCGAUACUCCUUUCUAUGCGGACUCUUUAGUUGGUACUUAUGGCAAAAUUAUGGAUCACAAGAACUCCCUGAGCUUCCCUGCCGAGGUGGAAAUCAGUGAAAAUGCCAAAAGUCUGAUAAGAGCGUUUCUCACGGAUCGCACUCAGCGCUUGGGUCGCCAUGGCAUUGAUGAAAUCAAAGAGCACCCCUUCUUCCAAAACGACACCUGGAGUUUUGACAACAUCAGAGAAAGUGUGCCCCCCGUAGUGCCCGAAUUGUCUUCGGAUGAUGACACCAGAAAUUUUGAAGAUAUCGAAAGGGAUGAAACACCCGAAGAAGUUUUUCCCAUACCCAAGAAUUUUGAUGGCAAUCAUUUGCCCUUUAUUGGCUUCACCUAUACCGGAGAUUAUCAGCUGUUGUCCCACAACGACACCGUGGAUGCCGAGGCUAAGGAAAACAACAUCAACACGGCCAAUCACAAUCACCGACACAGGCCUUCCAAUUCGAAUGAAAUCAAACGCUUAGAGGCUCUUUUGGAGAGAGAACGCAAUCAUGCUGAGACUUUGGAGAAACAAGACAAGUCGCUGAGGCAACAGCUCGAGUUGAUAACCGGGCGAGAGACGGAGCUGCAAAACAUGGCCUCGGAGUAUGAAAAGAAUCUGGCCAUUACCCAGCACAACUACAAAAUAGCUUUACAGAAAUUUGAGCAGGAAAUCGAGCUGCGCAAGAAAACCGAAACUCUGUUAGCUGAGACCCAAAAGAAUCUCGACAACGAGCAGAAGAUUCGUACUAGAGAAAUGAGCAAUAAUCAGCAUCAUAAUGAGAAGAUAAUCACGCUGGAGAAGCAGCUCAAGGAAAUGGAGGAGAAUUUCAAAAACGAAACCGAAAAUUCGCAAAAGCUUAAAAAGCAGGCAGCCGAAUGGGGUCUGGCCAAACAGGAAUUGGAGGCGAAAAUUGCUCAACUGCAAGUGCUGAUAGCAGGUUUGCAGAAUCAAAAGGAAUCACUGCAGCAGGAAGUGGCCGAGCUGCAAGCUCAACUGGCCCAGGAGAAAAAUUCACGUUCGCAACUGAAGGAACUGCACAAGGAGACGGAGAAUAAGCUGCAAUCACUGGCAAAUGAUCUGGAAAGAGCCAUAACGCGAGAGCAACAGGCCUACGAAGACAAUCGUGUGCUAAGCGAAAAGAUUUCAGACCUGGAGAAGGCUCAUGCCGGUGUAGCAUUCGAAUUAAAGGCAGCUCAGGGCCGCUACCAGCAAGAAGUGAAGGCCCAUCAGGAAACAGAAAAAUCUCGUAUGCUUAGUCGCGAAGAGGCCAAUCUACAGGAAGUUAAGGCUCUGCAGACUAAACUCAAUGAAGAGAAAUCGGCUCGCAUAAAAUCCGAUCAAAAUUCUCAAGAAAAGGAGCGGCAAUUGUCCAUGCUGUCGGUGGACUAUCGCCAGAUACAACAACGCCUGCAGAAACUCGAAGGCGAGUGUCGGCAAGAAGGUGAAAAAGUCUCAGCUUUGCAAUCUCAAUUAGAUCAGGAGUACACCAAGAAAAAUUCCCUACUCUCUGAUUUAAGCCUUAAGAGUUCCGAGGUGGCCCAUCUGAAGUCACGGGAAAGUCAACUGCAAAAGGAGGUAACCGCCUUGAGGGAAAACAAGCGCAAAUAUGAGGAAGAUAUGACCGCACUAAAGAUCUCCCUCAAUAAGGAAAUUCUCCAGAAGAAAGAGCUUCAAGAUCAACUCGACGCCGAGCAGAUAUUCUCCCGCCUUUACAAAGCCCAAGCCAAUGAGCAUAGAGAAGAAAUCGAGGAGCGUUGUCGGGAAAUACAAGACCUCAAAGAGGAACGUGUUUCGCUCAAGCACCAAGUGCAAGUCGCUGUGGCCCGUGCCGACUCUGAGGCUUUGGCCCGCUCCAUAGCCGAAGAGACUGUGGCCGAUUUGGAGAAGGAGAAAACUAUAAAGGAAUUGGAACUGAAAGAUUUCAUGACCAAACAUCGCAAUGAAAUUGCCGCCAAGGAAGCUUUACUCUCCGCUGCAAAGGAUGCCGAAUCGGAUUAUGUUAGGAAAUUGAAUCAAAAGAACUCAGAAUAUGAUGAACUGCAGCGGCAGAACAAGAAUCUCCAGGAUGAAAUGAAUCGAGUCAAAACAUCCAAAGAGGAGGAUAUCUUAAAGCUCACAGAGAAAUGGAAGACGGAGAUUCUACUGAAACAGGUGGCCGUUAAUAAAUUGGCUGAGGUGAUGAAUAGACGUGAUACCGAUUUGAAACAACAAAAAGGCAAAACACGUUCAUCGGCUGAGUUACGCAAGAAGGAAAAAGAAAUGCGUCGCAUACAACAAGAGAUGCAACAGGAACGUGAGAAAUACAAUCAAUUGCUACUUAAAUACCAAGACCUAAACAGUCAGGUCAUUGAAGACGGUCACAUUAAACAAAAACUUCAAAUGGAAAUCGAUUGUAAGGCAACCGAAAUUGAGCAGCUACAAUCAAAACUUAAUGAAACAGCAUCAUUGUCAUCAGCCGACAAUGAUCCCGAGGAUAAUCAAAAUUCAUCUCUGCUUUCACUUACACAGGAUUCGGUGUUUGAGGGCUGGUUGAGUGUGCCCAAUAAACAGAAUAUCAGACGCCAUGGCUGGAAGCGUCAAUUUGUUGUGGUAUCAUCGCGCAAAAUUAUAUUCUACAAUUCGGAAAUCGACAAACAGAAUACCAUUGAUCCUGUGCUAAUAUUAGAUUUAAGCAAAGUAUUUCAUGUACGUUCAGUAACUCAGGGUGAUGUUAUAAGAGCCGAUGCCAAAGAGAUACCGCGCAUAUUUCAAUUAUUAUACGCUGGCGAAGGUGAAGCCCGCAGGCCUGACGAGCAACAACAAUUGGAUAUGAGUAUGCUGAGAGGUGGUGCCGGAGAUGAAAGACCGGGAUCAAUAAUACACAAAGGUCAUGAAUUUGUGCAUAUUACCUAUCAUAUGCCUACUGCCUGUGAAGUAUGUCCUAAACCCUUGUGGCAUAUGUUUAAGCCGCCGGCGGCGUAUGAAUGCAAAAGAUGCCGCAAUAAAAUCCACAAGGAACAUGUCGAUAAUAAUGAUCCCUUGGCUCCUUGUAAACUCCAUCACGAUCCUCAUAGUGCCAGAGAAAUGCUGUUGUUGGCCACAACGCCCGAUGAACAGAAUUUAUGGGUAUCACGUCUCUCUAAACGUAUCCAAAAAUGUGGAUAUAAGGCAAAUUCCUCAUCUAAUAAUAAUAGCAAUAAUUCAGAUGGUAGUAAAAUAUCACCAAGGCACUAAAGUGUAACUUAAAUGUUAAUGAAAAAAAGAAAACAAAAAUCAUAUAAAUAUUAAAGCUUUUUGUUUAUAUUCUAAUCAACCUUGUACCUUUCUUACUUCCUCUCUUCGCCUAGAACCUUGGUUUUCCUUUAUUUAUCUAUAUUCCUAUAAUCAUUGUAUUUGUUAAGCCAUUGCCAAAACUCUUUAAAGAGAGCCAAUAUUAAAAUGAAAAAAAAAAAAACAUUAAAAAUAAAAAAAGAAUAAAUAUUUUGAUAUAAAUAUAUUUAAAAAUAUUGCUUUAUAUUUAAAACAUAAAUAAAGCGUAAUAAUAUGUUUUUUUUUAGAAUUAGCUUGUAUAUUCCAUUAAGUUUAUUUAGAAUUAUAUUUUCUUAAAUGUUCUUCCCUUCUUUCUAACUUCCUUCCAUCCAAACCCUUUACAUCCAGGCAACUUUUUUUAAACGAAAACUGUUUAAAUAUCUAAAAUUAAAAAAAUGAUAUUACCUAUUUGUUGAAGGAUAUCAAGAAUGUUUUCAGAAAAGAAAGUCUGAAUUUAUUUAAAAAAUUAAAAAUGCGUAUUUGGUCGUGGAAAUGAUGUGAUCCUAUAUAUCUCCUACUUUAGAUAGUUAAUAACGCACGCCUUUAAAGUUAAUUGGCAUAUACUUGGCAAAAGACAUUUCCAUGGAUACUAUAAAUAAUAAGGACCCUUUAUAUUAUAGACCAAUUACAAGGCAGAUCAAUAGAAGGUAGUGUUUGCUGUUCCCAAAACCAAAUGUUAUACUCAUCUGGGGUGUUUUAGGGAUUAUGUCACCUGCAGAAAACAAAAGUUUAAAGGCCCCAUGAACAUUAAGAAUGUCAAAAUGUGCCGAUUAAAAAUUACACAAAUAGUAGAAAAAAUAAUGCAAUAAUAAAAUUGACAUCCUUUAUGACAAGAAUUGUCAAAAAUCAAAAAAAUUGGAUGUCGGCUCAUUGGUUUCCGAAACCUAGUUUAGUUGUUGUUGCAGUGUGUUGUACACUGAGGUGGCAGCCCUUGCUGAUGAAAGACUCCAUCGGGUCAAUCCGAUACAUACAACCGGCUGCCAUGUAAUUCACCUUAUUUAGUGAAUCCUGUUAGAAUUUGAGCAUCCACCAAACAAGCUUCGAAACAAUAACCCGACUUAAAUUUUUUUAUGAAUUGUUGAUAAUACUGGCCACAAAGGCUGUCAACUGAUUUCUUGUUUACAUUCAUUGUUUUUUACAUUUUCUUCUAUCCAUCGACAAGAUGGAUGGAUCCAAAAUAGGUGCAAGUUACACAUUUACUCAUAUGCCAUAAUUUCAAAUGUCAUCUCAUCUAUGGGGUUGUAACAAUUGCUGUGUUUUAUUUUAGUACUGGAUAGACAAGCCGUAAAGGGCAAAAUAAAACUCAAUAAAAAAAAUUUAACAAUAGUAAAAUCUAUAAACAAAAUUUGCAAAACAUGCUUGGUCCUAGAAGUCAAAUAAAAUGUGUUAAGAUAUAUGCAGGCAAUUUUAUAAAUAAUGGGUUUUUAUUUCAUUUUGUCAUUCACAAUAGAGUAUUUCUGCGGUUGGCCACACUUAUAUGUGAAAAACAUAUCAUGGCAAUCCUAACGACAGAUGUUCUACAUAAGCCUGCACUGGUCAUUUAUCCAGAACUUCGUUGUCCUGGAUAGAUGUCAUUUUCAUACAAAUUACAUUGCACUGCACUAUAUAGUACUAAUGGGUCAAUUAUGCAUUGCUACUUAACUGCAGUCGCGUUGCUAGGAGAUAAAACCUUGAUAUAAAAAUUAGUAAAACGUUGGAAAUUGUUGUCAAGUGCAGUUAAUGUAAGUGUUUUGAACAUUCAGCUACUAGGUUAGGUUAAGUAAGGGUGGCAGUCCUUUACAGACUCACUUAGACAAUUUUAAGUCCAUUGUGAUACCACAGUAGCGAAACAAUUAAAGAUGGUCUCAUUUGUACAACAACCACAAAUCAUAUGGCACAAUCCGCCAUCUUGUCAACAAGCUGAUCGACGUUUUGCCAACACACACAAAGAAAUUAUGAAUUAUGAAUAUUAUUUUUAUAGGCUGUACAUUGAUUUUAACAGACCACCGGACUGAAAUGGGGGUCGUCUACGUCAAUUCUUUGGUGGUGCAUAUAAAGACAUAAACCCCAUUUUUGGCUUGUAGAUCAUUUGGUAGGUUUUAUUCAGGUUUGGUAGGAUUUUUUUUUUAAUUUUGGUACGAAAUAAUUUUCAUGAGUGACAACACUGAUCUUGACGUAUUGUACGUCUUUGUCGUUAUUACUUUGGCAACUCUACGCACAGAAACGAAAAAUUACACUGCAGAGCUGCCACUUUCUGUACUCAUAAGACUAGUCUUAUGUACUUCAAAUACGAAUAGAGCGCGCUCAAAUCGGCAUGUAUUCUCAUUUGUAUUGUAAUUAUUUUUUUAUAGGCAUGUGUCUACAUGUAUGUUCGGUGAAAUAGAAGCUUUGUUUAAUCGAAAAUGUUUCGUAUUUAUUCCAAAAUCAAUGUGUAAUAUUAACUUUUUCGUAUGUAUCACAUCAUGUGUACAAUUUUUAUAGUUUUUGAAAUUAUGAAAGCACGCUUAUUAAUUGAGUGUGCACACGUUUCUGAAAUGUUUUAAGAAAAACCAAGACAAAUACUCUAAAACCAUCGUAAAUAAUUAUCAUUAUUUCGUUCGUUAAAAUAAAUACCAAAUAAUUUACGCUGGUAAGUUAACGAUUUUCUAUUUGUUAGCCCAACAGCUGAUUUUAACGAUGUCGAUUAUCGUUAAAAGUUAAUACAGAAUACCAAAAUCGUUAAAUUUUCUGCUACCGUUUUUUAAUUAAACAAUUUUUGUUAAAACUAAAUAAGCUGUGAAAAACCGUUUACGUUUUCUUCUAUUUGUAAUAUUUUAGCCAUCAGCACAUUUUGACAGUUUCAACGUUAAUGGGAGCCUUCCUAUAAAAAAACUUAUAAAAAACUUUUUUUCAGCACCUAUUGCAGAGUCAAGAGGAUAGGAGCCACCAUGGCUCAAAAACAAAAUUUCUCACGCGAACAGCUGGUAUCAGCCGGCCAGAUUAAGACGUCAGAUCUUUAUUGAAUUCUUUACUUUUUUCUCACACACGAGUUUUGAAUAUUUUUUUUUUGUAAAUCAUCUUGAUGACAAGAUUGCCAUAUGAUUUGUGAAUGCGUUAUAAAAGAAAACAUGAAAAUUACCGUUACAUGCUGAAAACAAAAAGUGGAAAGAUCCACUAAAAAUUGUGAUUAUCAAAAUAGGCCGAUUGAAAAUGUCUUUAAAUGUCACAAAUCAGAGUAAACCCGAAGCAAUAAUAAGUGUACACAAAGAGAAAUAUUCUAUUAGUGAAUCCUGGAGUUCCAGCAAAAUCGACACACAUUAAAACUUUUUAACCAAAAGGGCGGUACGCAUCUCAAACAAAAUUUUUGUUUCCAUAAAAAGUUUAUUAUAAUAUGUUCUAAGCGAAAUUUUCGAUUUCGAUGCCGUUACCGAAAAUUUUGAUUGCAGGUACGCAACUCAAAUGAAAUUAUCUUUGCGUAACAGGGUGACAUAAUAGCCAUGGGAGAUUUUUUUCUUGUAACUACGAAAGAAAAUUUAUAUUUUGAUGGCUUCCUGCAACAUGAAAUAAAUUUAUUUGUAAAUAAAAACGGUUAAUUUCAGCACAUUUGUACUUUAUUGGGUAAAAAUGAUUAAAUCGGGCUACAUAAUAAGUCGAUGUAGUAUAAACAAUUAUUUUCCACUGAAAACAUAAUUGGCUGCAACGGAAAAUUUCUUCCGAAAAUUCCGAGCUUUACCUAGCAAAUUCGAUCUACGUAGCAAAUUUGCCCUUGAAAAUUCCUUCUACUACUACUUCUCUCGUAUCAGUAAGUGCUGAACGAUUGAAGGUAACUGUUUUUUAUUGUCCAGUCUGAACGGCGUGUCGCAGAAUGACACCACUAAGUAGAGAAGUUUUGCACAGCUGGUUACUUUACAUAUAUCGCUAGAACUAGAAGGGAAUACCCACAUCUGAUCACCCAUAUUAUGUAUAUAAGUUGUAGUCGAAUUUACGACUUCGACUGACCAAAAUUUAAGUUCAUAUUUAGUCAGAAUUAAGUUUAAAAUCGAGGUAUUUUUUUAAACUAGAUAGUGUUUGCUUGCAUAAAUAUUAUUCUAAAAAAACAAUGUGAUUUUGUACAUAAUAACAAUAAUAUGUGGAUUGCGGAUUGCAACUCAACUUCAGUUGAGUUGCCAACGGGCAAAUAUGUUAUAGAAAUGUAAAUUUUUGCAUUGAAUUGUAUACUUUUUUACAAUUUGCUUAGCAGCUGAACUUUCAAAACAUUGACAUUGAAUGAAACUGACAAAAGUUUCCAUCUUUAAACUAAUUUUUACUUCAUGAUUUUAUAUUCUGGCAACGCAAUUAUAGGUGAGUUGCCAUCCAUAAUUGACCCCUAAAAUAUAAAGUCGAAUUUUUGUCAGUCGUAGUCGAAUAUUUAAAUUCGAUAUAGGUUAUAAGGGCGAAUAUUUUCUGAUGUUCUCGCUGGGAUUUGAUUCCAGGCGCUCAGUGUCAAAGGCGAACAUAAUAACCUCUGCUCUAUAGUGGCCUCUAUUGAUCUACCUUGUGUUGAAUCAUGAUAUGCACAUUAUGCGUCCUUUAGAUUGACACAAAUAAAUUUUUAAAGUUUAGAUUUCAUAAUUUGAUUUAAAUACAUAAAAAAAUAUAUUAACAUUUAUUUUAAACAAAUUUCCCUAUUAAUAUGCAAGUUACACGGUACAUCUUGAUCACCCAUACAAAACAUGAAUGCAUCACAUGCAUACAUGUUCAUCAGUUAUGGUAAGAAUACCAAUUUUCGAUGAUUGAUUUUAACUGGAUAUAUUGUUUAAACAGAAAUGUGUAAUACUUGCUUUACUGACAUUUAUUAAUAGGAACUUUACGAAAUAUAGGUAGGAAGAGACAAAAUGUAAAAAAACCCAAAAUAAAAUAAAAUCGGUGGAAUAUAAAGUUAAAUAAAUCAUCUACAUAUUAUAAUAACACAUUUUCCAUUAUUGUAUUAUGUUUGAAAACAUCUUUGAAUAUUUUUAAAAUUUGCUCAAUCCUCUGAUUUCUUUCUGAUACUUCCUUCAACUUUCCUCUUUAAAAUAAGUGUUAGUAAAGAAACUAAUAAAAAAAAAUUAAAGAAACACUGCUAUCAUUACCUAUUUUGCAACUAAUAAUUCCAUUGCUUAAACUUA